ACUUGAUCGCAGACGCUCGCUGCGUCUUGUUGUGUUUUCGUGGGAGCUUCGAAUUUUAAUUUUAACUGUACAAGCACGCCGUUUCUGUUUAUUUAUCAAUUCUGAUUUUGCUGUUGUUGUUUUUUAAUUUGUUAAUAGCCGCGUGUAACUUUCGUGUAUUGCGCCAAGUGCUUCCAUACAAAAAAUACAAAUGCAUGUUCCAACAAUGUAGCGCUUCAUCAUCGAUUUUAAUUGUGAAUUACUUAAGAGUGUACUAUCUAUGAGCUAUCAAAUGUGAUGACUUUGUGAGUGUGUGCGUGCGAAAGGUUGGAUUUUGAUAAAUCACCAUUUACGUAAGUAUGUACAUUUGUUGCUUCAAGAAGUGAAUUACGGAAGCAAUUUCCACAUUUACAUACAUACAAACAUACAAACAUACAAACAUACAUACAUAACUUUGUGUUGUAUUUGAAUUUAAUGACAAAGAAAAGUAAGCGGUGUGAAGAAUAUAGAAAAACGCGACCACGGCGAGAUCGAGAAAACCGGUUCCCGUUGGAUUUCGGCUUAACUUUAUGGUUUUGUGUGGGAAUUUGACCGCAAACAAAGCUUGGCAAGCACGCAAGAGCAACAAAAGCGAAAAGACAUCGAAAAAGAGACAACCGAGAGCAAAAUAAGAAAAUAACUCCGGUCAAAAACUCGAGGACUAAAAGUACAAACAUUAACAUACAUACAUACAUAUAUACAUAUAUGUGUAUAUAAAUAUAUGACGAAAUUUUGAUGACAGAAGUGAACUCUUUCCAAACUUAGUAGCUCUGCGUCUGUAUGUAUUUGAUGUGUAUUUGCGUUUCGGCCCGAUUUGUGGCAAGUAAAUUUCAGAGCAAGAAAUCUUGCCGCCAAUACCUACAUACAUUAUGAUUCCAAUAAAAUAGUGCUCAUUAAGAUGCAUACAUACAUAUGUAUGUAUAUACAAAAAUUUUAACGAAAUUACCCUUCCAUUGUGUCUUGUGUUUGUGUACGUGAUUGAGGGUAAUUAAACGAUAUGCAUGACAUUCACUUCCUCUAAUGAAUUUCGGAAAUACAUACAUAAAUAUGUUGUGUAUAUAAUGAAAUGCUGAAAGCUCUUCUGAUCAAGGGAAGCUGGCGUAAGCGCAGAUCGGAAAGAAAGUCGACAGCGGUAAUUGCGUUGAAAAGAACUACUGGGCGUAUAUAAAUGUUAAGAGUUUUACGAAAAAUCUUCAAUGCAACACAACAUUUUAAUCGAUCCACACCGCUUUCCACUACCCUCUCCACUUUUCACCUCGUUCUUUGAGCACUUAUGCGAUCUUGGAGCUUUCCUCCGAAAAAAUGACAGAAGCUGUUAGAAAUGAUGCCAGUACAGAAUCACUAUGCACCGUUAUAGAGAACUUCAGUGGAAAUCGCAGCACUAACUCUCAAAUACAUAAGCCAAGCAGUAACCUCGACAAGGGUGCAGAUAAUGAAAAUAUCAUAACAGAAAAUGUAAGCGUACCUCACAAAGAAGAUAACUUUAAUUCAAACGAGAGUCUCGAACCGAAGAAGAUUUGUAAAACUGACAACGACGAGGCCGACAAAUAUUUGUAUGAAACCUGUGAUACUACAUCUCAAGAUGAGUCGUUUUCUUCGAAAUCUGACUCAGUUCAACCAAGCAACAAGCUUAAGAAAUCUGUUUCAUUCGAUCCCCAAGAUGAGAAAGUAAGAAAAUUCAUAGCUGGCGAACCUAUUGUAGACCAGAAAAACCCUUUUAAACAGCACUAUUCUACUUGGGGAAAUUCUGUUAAGAAGAAAAAGACACCACCGCCAGUCCCAACCAAGCGGUCAACGUUGAGUGUGAGAAAGACAGUAACUCAACAGCUAAGAGAAAGAGAGCGUGAAAAAGAAAAGGAGAGGGAAAGGGUUAAGAACGAAACGAAUAAUCGAAAAUCGAGCAAUGGCCUAAAUACAAACCUUUCUUCCCCUGAUGAUUUCGUUACCACUGAAGAGGUUCUCAAUCAGUCUAAAUAUGUUAAAACAUACAUUAAAAAUCCCGAUCCGUACUUCGUUUAUGAUCCCUCCAUAUUAGCAAGGCUAAAAUGUGAAGAAUCGCGGGAGCUUGCUGAAAAAAAGUCUGGGAAAAAACCACGUUUGUCAAAUCAAACAAAGGAUCGUAUUAAGGAUUUGAAAAAUAAGCCUUCGUUAGCAACAUCGUUUUCACAUUCACGGCUGCCGUUCAAGAAAUGUUCGAAACCAAAUUAUCCUGAUCUCUCUGAUAUCAAAAUCAAAGUUGGCACGGAUUUAGAUGGAAAUUUCUUUAACCCAGCCGAGGUAUCUAAGAACGCAAAAAAGUUUGACGACAGAGUAAAGAAACUACACAUAAGCUCAGACGACGAUCUCGAUGAGCUGGAUUGUCCAUUAACGAAGAGUGAAUCGAGUGAUGAAGUAACAUCGAAUUUGGUUCAAAAAGAGGCAAACAACGAGGGUUGCAAAAGUGAACUGGGGGAAGUUGACAAAAUGGCCACUAAAGAAGAACAGCCAGUUGAAGGCGCAUUUACCAACACAAUAAAAUCUAAGGAGUUCCAUGAGUAUCUAGAGAAGAAAGGGCUUACGCUGAUACCUAAGAAGAUACCGAAUGGCGCCAGAUCUGUGUACUCAAACGGCACACAGGCACCGAAACCCCAGCCGCGUAUCUCUUUUAAAAGUCCUGAAAGCGUACAGAUUUCCGUGGAUACCACAGACUCUACGCGCAGCUAUAAAAAACCAUCAGUAUUUCAGCGUUUGCUUGCUAACAGUAUUUUUGCUACUAGACGUAAGACAACACCCAAAGAUAUCGUUCCUACACCUAAAUCGCUAAAUAAUUAUAAUGCCAAUGUCAAAGAAAAUACUGACGCUCCACAAUCGUCGUUGAAACGAGUGGUAUUGGAAAGGCAAAGCUUUCAUGGACGCUCAAUCGGGAAUAAUUUGCUGAGUCCCGCCGAGACGAAUUAUCUAAAACUCCAAGACGAACGUGCCCGGAAGAGUUUCGCAAGCGGAGAAAACCUAUCUCUUUCAUUAUCCAGUGUUUUAUCGAAUGCCGAAGACCAGAAUUCGACUGCAGAACGAGAGGCUCACACACCAAUUGUAAAACCUUCCAGACGUUCACAUUCCCGAGAGCGAUUAGGCAGCACUCAGCCACAAAAACAAUCCCACCAAACUAAUACAAUAAUAAAACCGAGACCACAGCGCCUACAGGCUAUAAGUAAUAUGUCAUACAUACCGCCAAAGGCGUAUCCUGAUGUUGACUCGGAUGGCACACUCAGACGUAGUGUUGAGCGUCAAAGUCUCAUACCGAAGCGAUCUACCCAAACAGUGGACCGAAGACAGGUCUUUGGACGAUCCGCUUCUAUGGAUCGUAAUGAAAUAUUAAAAAAACGACUACUACGAGAGCUUCAAAACCGAUCAAAGAGCGAUAACGAAGCUUCCAAGGUGUCAACACCACUAACUUCUAAGGAAAACAUACGCGAGCAACCAUUUUCAACUCUGAACGGACCUAAAUCAACAUCAACACCCAUCCGAAAUGCCAAUGGUGAUAGUGAAAAUCAGGGUUAUACACAAAAUGUGAAGCCCUCAAAUAAAAUAUACGUUGAUCAACAAGAAUGGGAGCGGUUAAAGGCGUUAAAAGAGCGUAUGGAUAACGAGUUAUAUUUACGGAUGUUGGAGGCACAAAACCAACAACAAAGAGCCGCAGAAAAUAUCUACGAACGUCUUCAGCCUCAACAAAUAAUAAUAACGCAGCCAACAAAUAUAACAAUGCUCCCGAGAUCGGUGGAAAACAAUUUCAUUAGAGGCUCGCCACAAAGGAAUACUUUUGCCGGGUCAACCAAAAAUCGCCAAGCUAAGAUUAUUGACGGUAGAGCACUAAUGCCGUCAACACACCUUGUUAAUAUCCAGUCCGUUUCUAAUAUUGACCAAGAUAUUAUCGAGGCCACGCCCCGCAGUCAAAGCGUUUUAGACAAUAUGACCUUAGCGCACAGGUACGGCAGUAAUGUGAACAGAAAGGCUUACGAAAGUGAGCUUGACACGCCUGUUGUGCUGCGAAAAAAAGAAAACGGUGCAACAACUGAGGCGCCGCUACCCGUAGAACAGCGUCGCAUUGGUGGAUUACUAACGCGAGAUGAGAUUUUGCAAAGAGUAAAAGAUUUUUGUAGAAAGUCUAUAAAUAAAACACCUACGAUUCAACAGCCCCAAAUCCAGGUGAUACACAAAACACACCUCGGUCCAUCUGACUUGUCACCAGUAUCAUAUGCCUCCGUCGAAGGAACACAACGGCCUGCGUCACGCAUGUAUGCCGCGCCACAAGUUCCACAACGCAUGCAAAGCUUGCCUCAACAAUUCAUACCGAUAAACAGCAAUGGCCAAGUUUUAGGUGAAGUAAAUCCUCUUACAUCGUCACCUAUAUACGCACAUGUGGUGAAGCGUAGCAGUUUACUCUCAAACAAUUCUGAAAUUUACGACAGUCCACAAAAACUUAAUUUGGUACGAAGAGAUGUCGAGGCGACACCAGCAAUAUACGUUGAGCGUGGCAGCUUGCCAACUCCUCAAUACGUGCUCGUCGACGGCGAUAAAUUAGUGCCUGCAACCCAAGUAAUCAGCUAUUACCCCGGACAGAAUGAAAUCUACGCGCAACCACACUACGUUCGGCCGUACAAUUUGCAAUCGGUUCCAGGCGCUUAUGGCUACAUAAGUGUUCGUGAACCUCUGCCGAAACAACAAUUGCAACAAAGGCUACACAACGGCCGCAGUACUCCUUUGAUACUUGAUCACUCAAGUCAACAGACGAGUCAAAUAUAUUGGACGCCUAAUAAUCAGCGAUUGCAACAGUAUACCACGACUCUACAGCCACCAGUUAAUCUCAGCAGCCCACGAUAUGUUCUGAAGCAAUUUCAACCUGUGCCUGCUACUAGAAUGGAAUUAUCGAAUAACCCCAAUGUAAAGAACAAUUCAAAUACAUCAAUAAACCACAAAAUUCAACAGCCAACAACAAUAACCGAACGAAGAACACCAAUUAAUCGCCAGAGCCAAAUGAAGCUUUCAUCGGGUAGAUUUAGUGAAUUGAACAACCAAAAUCCUUACGAAUGGGAAAGUGGCUCCGAAGCUGGUGAAGUUCAACGAAUUAUGGAGAAUCCUAGAAAUAGUGGUGAGUUCAGAGGGAACCAAUUGAUCAGUAAUCUCAAGAAGAAAUUAUCUCGUUUAUUAUCAUGAAAUGCUAUAUAAGAUGUACAGACAUAUAUAUGUUAGUUAUAAAUAUGUAUACUACUGUAUUCUUAUCUAGGUAAAUAUAUUUAUUUUUAGUAUACAAAAAGUUCUCCACUUAUUUUGCGUGCUUAUAAUAUAUAUUAUAUAAUUGAGAUUUUAACAUUAAUGCUUCAGCACUCAUUGGAAACAAUUCUGCUACACUUGCCUAUAAAAGGUAUUUUUGAAAAGCGUUUUCAAAAAUAAAUAAAUAAAUAAAAAUACACGA